GCUGAUGCACGCGACAGCUUCCUGAAAACCCCAAGCACGGCUGACGUCAUCCCCGUCGGUCCGUUCCCCCUUCCGCCCCAACGCAAAACCUCUGCCCCCAUGUCCGCCGCCGCCGCCGCCGCCCGCGCCGCGCGGCUGCUGCUACCGUGUCUCUCCCAGACCACUGCCACGCGCCUUCUCCAUGCGAGUGCUUCGCAGGGAGCGGCACGGGAGGCGUCCGGUAGCUUCAUCCACCCCGCCGCCGUCGUCCACCCCGAUGCAGUCGUCGGUCAGGGCGUCUCGAUAGGGCCCUUUUGCACGGUAGGGCCUUCAGCCAGGAUUGGUGAUGCCUGUCAAUUACAUGCUGGGAGCCAUGUCGUGGGAGAUACUGAGCUAGGGGAGGGAUGUGUUGUUCAAACUGGUGCUAUUCUUGGUGCAGAUAUCCCUGGCCAGACAGUUAUUGGGGAAAACAACAUCAUCGGACACUAUGCUACUGUUGGUAUAAAAUGCCAAGAUUUGAAAUAUAAGACUGGAGAUGAAUGCUUUCUACACAUUGGUAGAAAUAAUGAGAUCAGAGAGUACUGCUCCAUUCAUCGUUCUUCCAAAUCUUGUGACUGCACGGUUAUCGGGGACAAUAAUCUUAUAAUGGGUUCGUGCCAUAUUGCUCAUGAUUGCAAGAUUGGUAACAACAACAUAUUUGCUAAUAAUACUCUGUUUGCUGGCCAUGUAGUUGUCGAAGACUGUACUCACACUGCAGGAGCUGUUGUUGUCCAUCAAUUUUGUCAUAUUGGGUCAUACUCAUUUCUUGGUGGAGGCUCUGUGGUUGCACAAGAUGUGCCAAGGUACAUGAUGGUUGCAGGUGAUAGAGCAGAGCUUCGUGGUCUGAAUCUUGAAGGUCUUAGGCGCAAUGGAUUCUCCGACCAAGAGGUACGAAGUUUGAGGAAAGCUUAUCAGAAAGUAUUUAUGCCAACUAUUACUAUUGAGAGUAGCUUUGAAGAGAGACUGGCUGAAUUGGAACGGGAAGAGCUGUCAAAAACUCCUGCUGUAUCCUGCAUGGUGGAAUCAAUUCGCAUGUCGUUUGAUCAAGGACGUCGAGGGAUUUGCAAAUUCAGAAGUUGGAACAGUUCAUAAGUUAAUCAGCUCUUAAGUUCACCUGGCAAUUACCUCAGACGUUACUUAGGUGCAUAUUCAAUUAUGCUGUUGAUCUUCUAUACCUGAACAAGUGGGCACAUACCCUGUAUAUUGGACCAGGCAGUCCUGUCCGAACCUGGCGAUCAACAAGAUGUUCUUUACAUCUGUGUAUAGGACAUUCAGGAAGCCCACUGUAGCCAGAAUUUUGUUCCGGAUGUAUGAGAUUUUUCAUCCUAUUUGUAGUUGUGCUAAUUUACAGCGCAUCCUGGAUUUUGUUCAGAAUGUACAUGGUGGCCUAGAUCCCAGGUUCAAAUCUGUAAUAUCUGAAUAACGUCACCAUUAAUUGAGACCGAAUUUUGCAAUAAUGUUUAUUUGGGAUGA